AUGGAUGAGAAAGGGAGAGAUCAGCUGAUUGGUAAAACUGUGAAGAAGAGAAGGAGAGGAGGUGAGGAGGAGAAGCUGAGCGAGCGUGUCGUGGUUUUUGAGGCUCAGGGGGGGUUGGGGUGGGGGGGGUAACAGGAUUGGUCGUGUCUGUGCGACCCACCAGGAGGACAAUGGGAGCGGCGGGGGUGGGGCGAGUGUCACACGCUUUUGCUUUGUGGUUCGGUCAACAGGCGUGUGCCGCGGGUGUUGUCUCGCCUCCCUCGCCUGCUGUCCGACUGCGGGGACCGAGCGGCGGCCAUGAGAACCGGGGCCCCGGGCCCUUUAAUGAGGGGCGUGCUGUUUCUUAUCAAAGAUGGACAAGCCAUCAUUACAAUCAUCAUUAGAAGCUGCACAAAGGAGCACGCCUCCCUCAGCUACGGAUGA